GGAGAAAGUUAACACUGAAACUCCGACUAACGCUUUGACUGUGCCCCGAUCUGAAAACAUUGAGUUUGUUAGUUUCCCUGAAAAUUGUUUGCAUUCAGUCAUCGGACCUAGCUCUGAGGAGGAGAAAGUUAACACUCAAACUUCGGCUAAUGCUUUGACUGUGCACCAAUCUGAAAACUUUGCUUUUGCUGCCAGUGUUCCUGAAACCAAAAUGACUGGCACUGAAGACGAUCAAAGCGAUAUUGGUAAGAAAGAAAUUGUGAUGGAAAUAAAUAAAUAUGGAGACACAAAUCUCCGGGUGAGAUAUCUGAAUGAAACAGGUUGUUGCUACCAAGAAGAAGACGGAGACAAUAAAACAAAUCAGGAUCCUGACCCCACCAUGUUCUUUUGCAAAUUUCCCAACUAUAUUGAUAACUGUUGGAUGAAUGCUUCAAUACAGAGCAUCCUACACCUGACCAUAGCCAGGAAGUUUGUGGCUCAGCAUCCCAAAGAAAUUUUUCGAGCUAUGUCAGAAACUCCAUUCCUUGCUGACCUUCUCUCUUCUGCCAUGCACCACCCAGGGAAAGAUUUCUCGACUCAACAAAUCUACCAAGUUUUUAUGGAAGUAACAGAAAUUGUGCCAUCACUUGACUUCAUAGACGAAAACGACCCAGUAUACCUUUUGGAUGCUAUUUUGCUCUGGUUAAAUCCUGGUAUCAAGACAGGUUUCAAGUUAUAUACAGCUAGUAGUUGUGAAACAUGUCAGACUGCUUACUUUAACAUAUGUGAAAAGGGGACCAUCUUUCAACUAGAAAGGCCAAAACCAUUCGACACUACCACUUCUCUUCUUAACCGUAUGGUUGCUAAGUACAAGAAAGACUACUGUUGCACCUGCAGAUCCGUCUACAAGAAAAGAUUGUUCAUCAACGACAAUGAUGUGAUGGUCCUGUACCUGGAUUUGUCAAUCAGACAGGAGGGUUUAAGAUGUCCUCUUAUUCCUAGUGCAACCAUUGACAUUCCUGUAAAAGGUGGAACCCAGUUGUACCGUCUGUCUUCAGUCAUUUGCAGCGAAAGACCAGAUACUGACCUUCCAGAGACUGACCACUUUUACACAUAUCUGAUGUGUGGCCAAAUGGUAUAUAAAGCUGAAGAUACCGAGUUCACCUUGACUUGUCUGAGCGAGUUGACAGUUCGAGUUACAUUUCAUCGCCUUUUCAUCAGCCCAGAACAAGGUAUUAUGAAAAGUAAGGGCAGCUUUGUUUAA